GAGAUAACAGAAAGCCUCUUAUAAGGUGCUUGGCUUUAAGCCUGGCAUCUCCCUGUUGCUCUGCAGACUAUGGCCUGUAGCCUGAAGAAUUUCAUCCAUUCUCUGGAUCCAAAAUCCCUACCUCGGAUUCUGCAAAUCCAGUCUGGCUUUUAUGAUGAAGGUUCGAUGUAUGAAAAGCUUGGCCAUGAAUGUUGUUUGUCCACAGGCGAUGUGAUUAAAGUUGUUGCAUUAGACAUAAAAAAAAUCCUUGCAAGUAAUCAAGCAAGUGAAGAUGCAAACCUACAGCCCACUACAGUAGAACUACCUCUAAAUUUUCCAGGUCUUUGCAGGCUAGUGGCUGAUAAAACCCCAUAUGUCAACGUUGCAGAAAUUGUGAACAAAGUUUGGAUUGGACCUACCCAGCAUGAACAGCCAUGCUUCUAUUGCUCUAAGGAUAUGCAGGUAGAAAACCUGACCAUCAAACAGGGGGAGAAAUUUGCAUUUAUGUCUGUAGAAGAUCACAAUGAGACCCUGACAGUGAACUGUGAAAUAAAGAGGAAUGACCAGAUACAUGCCUUUCCUCUGCCACUUUCUCAAGAAGGUGAUUUCUAUGAAUGUCAAGAUGACCAGAUAUACACCCUGGAAGAGGUUGCCAAAUGGAAAAUCCCAAAGAGCCAAACACGGAAAGUCCUGUUCACUGAUACUGGCAAUGCCGGAUACACUCCUGAGCUGCUGCCUAAGAAUUUUGGAAGCUGUGUAGUUCUAGAAGCAAUAUAUGAAGUCCAUGCCGUGAUGAAAUUUCAAAAAGAGAUCGUUCACUUCCAUUCUGAUUUAGAUGUGGAAGUUGAGGAUGUCACUGACCAUUACAAUAUUAAUAGUUUCCUCCAGCCAUUAUCAGUGAAAGAUAUAUUAGAAAAGACAGACACUGGAUCCCCUUUUGUUGUUGCUGUAGUUGAAGCCUCCAUUGGAAACAAGCACUCUUAUAAUUUGCUGGGUCCUGGUAGAGAAAUAGUAAUUAACAAAAAAUGUCAGGCAGCAAGAAUCUUAGCAUCUGAAAUCAAGAAUAAUUCCUCUAAAAGACACUUUUUAAUUCCUACCAGCUACAAAGGGAAAUUCAAAAGGAAACCUCGGGAAUUCCCAACCGCCUAUGACCUGGAAAUAGCAAGGAACAUGAAGGAAAAGCUUCAUGUUGCAGCCACCAAAGCUUUUGACUGUCCUCAUGAAGAGAUGUGCUCAGUUUCUGUGGGAGACGAAUUUUUGAUUCCGAAGUACCAGAAAAGCCAAGCUGCUGAAUUUGGAAGGCAGUGUGUGCAGACUGCAUUACCCUGUGAACAAAUUAUCUUGCCAAAGAAAGCCCAUAAGCCCAUCCUUCUUCCAAUGUUCAUGGAAGGGGGCUUCACUGAAGUGGUGCAUGAUAAGAAGCAAUAUGACCUUUUAGAGCUUUGCAACGAUUUCCACCUUCCAUUAAAUGUCACAGUCGCCAUAAGGGAUCUUUCCAUCCAGGAGGAUAUUUUGGCUGGCGUUCCCUGGCUGCAGCUUGAAGAGGAAAUAAAUGAUUCUUACUUGUUAAUCAGCAAUUUCAAUAAUCCCACAGAAAUCUGGGAAGUUUCUGUGCACUGUUUAAAUAUGACCUUCCAAUUGCUGAGCGAACAUCCAGAAGACACUGUGGCUCCAGAAGACCCAAUAAAGUCAGUUGUAGAAGAGAUUACAGAAGAGCAAUACUAUAUGAUGCGAAAAUAUAAAAAUCAAGCCACAAACCCACCACCCAGACCUCCUAAAAUACACAUUGUAGAAGAAUCCAAGUCAUCUUUUCCCACCAUUCCAGUUCACCAUCUUUUUGAUACACCAGAAGAUGACAAGAAUCUUUAUGGAGAUGCCACCAAGAAGUGGACUUCUAACCAAGCUGCUUCUGGGUCAGGUUGUCCAAGUGAUUUGCAGCAUCAGGAGAAUAAGGAAGGCAUGGAUGGGAUAGCUAUGUUGAGAGAUCAUAGGAGGGUUAAAGAUUCAUCAAGUAGAAUGUCUGUGAGGUUCAGAGCAGAACAGAAAUCAAAGGCUGGAUCUGACAACAAAGAAGAGGAGAAGAAUAAAAAUAUUACAGAAAAUAUUACCAAAAAACUCCAGCAGAGUUCUCUUAAUAGUACUCAUUAG